GACCCAUGAAUCCUGCUGGAAUAAAGUUUUACAAUAAUAUCAUUGAUAAUCUCUUACUCAAAGGAAUAACACCAUUUGUGACAAUUCAUCACAAUGACUAUCCUCAAGAACUUGAAGAAAGAUAUGGGGCAUGGCUUAGUCCUUUCAUGCAGGAAGAAUUUGUGCACUUUGCAUCAACAUGUUUUAAGAAUUUUGGGAAUAGAGUGAAGUAUUGGGCUACUAUAAAUGAGCCCAAUUUAUUUUCAGAACUAGCUUAUAUGAAGGGAAUAUUUCCACCAGUCCAUUGUUCUCCCCCUUUUGGAAAAUGUUCUUGUGGUAAUUCAGAUAUUGAACCUUUACUUGUUGUCCACAACUCAAUUUUGGCCCACGCCAAGGCUGUCAAAAUUUAUCGUGACCAAUUUCAGGUGGAACAACGUGGAAUGAUAGGAAUGGUUGCAAGCGCGUAUAUGUAUAAGCCAAUGACAGAUGAUGAAGUUGACAAGAAAGCUGCAACUAGAGCUUUGACGUUUCAUGUGGCUUGGCUUCUUGAUCCUCUAGUACAUGGAGAUUAUCCAAUAGAAAUGCGACAAUAUCAUGGGAGGAAAUUACCAAGAUUUAGCUAUGAAGAAAAAUUACUUAUAAAAAACAGCAUGGAUUUUAUAGGAAUUAAUCAUUAUUCAACGUUGUUUGUCAAGGAUUGUCUUCAUUCAAAUUGUACGUGCAUGCAUGAAAAUAAUCCUACGUGUAGCCAUGGUGAAAAUCAUGCAAUCUUAGGAUUUUUGCUCACUUCUGGACAGAAUAAAGAUGGUGAAUUCAUAGGAGAUCCGAUGGGAAUGCCUGGAUUGUAUGUGGUUCCACAAGGCAUGGAGGAUAUUAUUGAUUAUAUUAAGAAGAGAUACAAUAACAUGCCUAUAUUUGUGACUGAAAAUGGGUAUGGUUCAAAUGAUAAUCAAGAAGGGGGAUAUGACUUGGACAAAGACAUUAAUCGAAUUAAAUUUCACAAAGCAUACCUGACAUCUUUGGUUCGAUCAAUAAGGAAUGGUGCUGAUGUGCGUGGUUAUUUCAUAUGGAGCUUAAUGGAUAAUCUUGAAUGGAAUUUUGGUUACACAAUAAAAUUUGGGCUUUAUUAUGUUGAUCCACUUACGUUGGAUCGAAGCCCAAAACUUUCGGCCCAUUGGUAUCACAAUUUUCUCACCAAUAAUAUACAAGCAAAGAAAUCAAUAUAAGGAGUUUAAUUUUUUAUUUUUAUAUUUUGGCAAUAUAUGUUAAAUUUUCGGUUUAUUUAGAAUUAUUUUACAUUUAAUUUUUGAAGA